AUGAAAUACAUUCAAUUGUUAUGCAUAACAGUGGAAAUAUGCUAUAUGAUGGAAUGAUCGAAAUGAGAAAUUCUGAAGAUGCAGACAAACAUAUGGUGGUGUAUUCGCGUGUAGAAGACGAUCUUACAGACAUGGGACGCAAUUUCAGUUUCAUUUUUGGAAUCAAACACCUGAUUACGACCGUAAAUGUGCAGCUAUUGUCCCACAUUGGUUAUAUAAACGAUGUUUAUUUCACCGGCACAGACAUUCAAUACCUUAACGCAGACAACGAGAACAAAGAUAUCCGAGUUAAAGGAACGAUUAACAAUGCAUUGACGGAAGCGGCGUUUGAGAUUAUGUCACCAAUAAAACUAAUGAGGUUUUCCGGACAAGUCCAUACAGAUAGUCCAUAUGGGAUAUAUUUGCACAACACGGUGGAUGAGACGCCAAUGGUUUUGGAAUUAAACGUUGAUCCAACCCAACCGUACAUUGAUGGAAGAAUUGAAAUUCCAGAUAGAGUUAUUUCCCUUGAAGUGUAUUUUAUCAACGACACUUUUAUGAGGGCUGCCAUUUACCGUGAAUAUUCCACAGGAAGAGUAAAUGAUACAUCAAUUACAAUGCGACUUCAUUCCUCCAGAAUAAUUAGCACAAGCAUAAACUGGAGACCUGCUCUUGUCCAGGAUAUAACGAACUAUGGACUAAGCUUAACAACACUCUCUGACAUUUCUAUGCCUUUGAGAGAUCUGGGAAACUCCGUCAGUGAAGAAAUCGACUCAAAAUAUAAUUACAUUAGACAAUAUACCUUCUCAGAACUUGCCACUAUUUCACGAUUGUCUGUCGAUAAGAUGCGGGAAGUUCAACAAAGCAUUGUCGUUCUCAAGACAAGAAUAAACCAGGACUACGUAAUGGCCGAUUUCAGCAUGAACAUGGCGGUCGUAGAUUUGUUGAUUGAUCGUGUAUCACAGCAUUACACCACAGCAAUAAACAGAGUCGACGAGUUUUCAAAUUGGAUGGAAACUGCUGCUUCUGUACAUGUUUCAUACCCCAACAAGGCUAUUGUUGAUACAUACAUUCAGUCAGAAUGUGCAAUGCUGGAGAUUACGAAACAAGAAGUACUACGGCAAAUAGCUGCAAAGAUUCGCUUAUUUCCCCGAACGCUACAAGACGGCUAUGUCUCUGUUUUGCAAUACCACGAUUACGUCAGAGAUUCAACUGCAGCAAUGACAGAUUUAAUUGAUUUUAAGUAUACAGCCUUCCGGCACAUAUGGGCUGAUGUCUGGAAUGCCAUAAAUGCAUUCGCUAGUCUUUCCGGAUCAAACGUCACGAGGAGAAUAGAUAAUGUAAAACAGGCCUUCAGUGACUUACAAUCGACAGGUGUUGUUCUGUUUGACCCAGUUAUUGGUGAGCUCGAGACUGAAGUACACUUGCCCAUGGGUGUGGAUUCAUUGAAAUCCCUUCCAAAUGUCAACCUCACACAUUACUUCACUGGAUUGACGUCAAUGAUGGGAUCUGUAAGAGAAGCUACAUCUAUAUUGCAAGAUUUCUUUGAAGUUGAUGUGAGAUCUUUCAUUCCACCAUUUACAGCCUCUGCUUCUAUAUCGAAUGGGCUGGUCAAAACGUUUGACGGAACUACUUACACCAUUGGAGGCAAAUGUGACUACCUCCUGGUUGGAGAUUUGACAGAUGGAAACUUCAUUGUUUAUAUGGAGAAUCAGGGGAAACAGAGAGUGAAGAUCGUGCUAACAACACACCAACACACAGUUCAAAUCUCUCCUCGGAAACAGGUCCGCAUUGAUGGUGCCUUGGUCAUACUACCAUACCGCAGUCACGAUGUAUACGUCACAAAAAUCGGUGGUACUAUCAUCCUGACCGGAAGUGGAUUUAGUUUGCAGCAUAACAGUAAAACAGAAUCAUAUCAUUUUUCUCUGAGUGGAUGGUACCAUGGAAAGACAGGUGGAUUGUUUGGAACCUAUGACAACGAACCAUAUAAUGACUUGAUGGCGUCUACUGGCAAAAUUUCAAGGAAUAUCACUGAAUUUAGUAAGACCUGGAAACUCAAUGAGCAAUGUACAUGAGCUGAUAAAUAUGUGGUAGCACUAUAUAUAAACCAAAGCUAGUUACAAAUCGGUCGUAGAAUCUGUCCAAUACCAGAUGCAUUGUCACAAGAUAUUUUGAUAUUAUGUCAUUGCGAAUUCUUACACCAUUUUGAAUUAUAAUUCGUUGUCAAUAUCCAAACAGUAAGAGUAUUCGUCAAUGCAUGCAUUACAUAAUAUAGAAAACCUGGUCUUAUUCUCCUUGUAAUUAUUAAAUGGUCUCAAUGUUUAUAUUUCAUUUGUUCAUAU